AUGAUUGCUACGCCCAAAAUAGAACGAGCCCCCAGAAAGAUACGAUCGCGAGCGGAUCUCCCGUAUUCCUGGGCAGCCCACCCGCCAAGUGAUGCGGCUGUUGGGGCCAAAUCUCGAGUUUCAAGAGUCUGUAGUCUCGAUCGGGCAUUCUUGGUUAUCCUUAUGUCGUAAAUGUGGAUGCGACGGACUCGAAUGCUCGUUGGGGCUUUCCUUGCCGGUACCCUCCUAACGGUCAAUCCCAGUUGCAUCACCGUGCAGAUUACUUGAAACUCUCACAGACACGUUGCUAAUCUACCGGGGACUUCGAGCAUGGACUCACGAACCCACUCUCUCUCAGUGAACAGGACCCCCGGUCUAACGGCUUACGGUGGGACUCUUCUUACGCCGCGUCACUUGGCGCGACUUGGACCGCCCUCAUCUCCACCGGGGUGCCUGUCGGUUGGCACUCCGGACAAGGUUCUUGGAUCCUGGACCUUGAACGCAGUCGACGUGGGAGGUCUUGGAAUUGAAGGGUCAAGCUCUUUCGAUCUUAGCUCGGGCUUACUUGAGCCCAUCUUUCUCAUUCAUCCAACGCUCGUUUCCUGGUUAUUUUUGUCGCAUCUCUCGAGGACGCAUCUUUCAGCUCACGGUCUUUUGAUCUUGCAAACUAUUCCGUUCUAUUCUAUUCGGGCUAGACUUCUAUUCUGUCUAGUCUGCCCGGACUGACUCCGACGAACGGGAAUCACAUCAAACCCCCCGCAGACCCUCUACUUAAAAGACGCAAACCUGCCGUGCUAGCGAUGCCCUAGACUGCCUUGCUACCCCCUCCCUACGCAAGCAUCAUGAACUAUUGAUAUCUCGCUAUCGCGCAUCAUGGUGGGGGUCCCACACAGUACUGGUUGUGCACUGUGUCGCGAAAGACAUAUCAAAUGCGACGAAGCAGUCCCCGAAUGCACCCAAUGCCAACGCUAUGGCCGUCCUUGUCCGGGAUACCGACGUACAUUUCGCUUCCAAGACGAGGGUCCCAGUCUAAAACGCCGUCACCGCUCCGUAACCCGCGGGCGAGGCCGCGGGGCCUCAACGGGUCCCAGCACCCCCAGCACCCCGGGCACAACCACGCCGCAAAUCGAGCCAUUCGGACAGCCCGAGCCCGGGGGUGGUGCCGCGGCCGUCGUACGCUCCAAUGCCAUUGCCUUGAUGCGUCGGCACUCAUCGACGGUCACGUUAGACGAGAACGUGUCGCCGUCACUUGUGCGGAAGACGUUCCAAGCUGCGCAACCGCAGCUUUUUCUGGACUUUAUUAGCGCAUCAUUUCCUACAUUAUACUUCCACAACCGGUUUCGCGCUGGCAAUGAGCCGGGCUUUGCAGAAUUCAUUGUGCUGAACUUUGGCCAAGAUGCGUACCUGGAUACGGCCAUUUGCUGCUUGAGUUCGGUGUACUUGGCGCAUUUAACCCAAGAUCCGGUGCUGCUUCGUACGAGCCGGCGCAUGUACGGACUCUCGCUGAGCGAGGUGAUUCGUGCUCUAUCAAAGAAUGAACAUGCCUUGUCAGAUAACAUGGUCUGCACGGCUAUGAUGCUAAGCGUAUACGAAAUGUACGCCCGAACGAGUCAUAAUGCAUGGGUCGUGCAUGCUGACGCCGUACGACGGCUCAUGGAAAGUCGUGGUCCGGCGCUGCACGAAUCGGGCUUCGGGCGAUCCUGCUGGAUCGCAUUUCGAGGAUUCCAUAUCGCGACGGCCGUGUACCAAGGGAAACCUUGCUUUCUGGAUCAAGAGGAAUGGCAGCGUUAUACGAUGCGGAUUAUGACCGAAGACGCUCAGAAACCCGGGGAAUGGUCUGCGUAUGCCUUUAUCUCGGAUAAGGUCUUCAUGGAGAUUGCAAAAUGUCCAAGGUAUAUCAGCGAGACACGGGAAAUCUUGUCUAGCCAAACAGAUGCAGAACGGGAGAGUGUCGAGGCUCUUCUACGGAGAAUCCAAGAAACAACCAUCAAACUGCACAAACUGAGCACGGAACUGCGUUUCUGUAUCAGUGCCCACGGCCAGCGUCAACAAAGCAUUGUCUGUCGCCCUGGCACGUUCAUCGGCCCGGUCCCGGAAAUCUUCCCUGAAACGGGUCCCUCUCUUCUUCUCCGCGGUGCGGAGAAUAUCCUGGGGACACUCGGUCAGCUACGGGAGCGUCUGGAAGACAAGCUGCGCUGUCGUGUGAGUGAAGAGCUCUCGCCCGACUCUGUCGUGGAGACGCCACCUAGUGAAGGGAGCACGGCUUCCCAGUCUCCUACCUCGAUGUCCACUCGGCCAAAGACGUUUUCCUUACCCUUUCGCAUAUACUCCGAGCUCGGACGGGGUCCGUCGCAAACGACUGAUCGGGACGAUCCACGUGCGGUGAUUUGGCUAGAUCGCGUUGCUUCAUCGAUGGGCAUGCUGGGUACGAGGAUUAUCGAGGAGACCCCGACUGUUAGCGAUGUUGAAGAAGAAGCGUCACCCGAAGCAUCUACCCUGAGUUGAUGAAUGAUUCAAUCGUCGUAACGAACUGUUUGUCGCUCCACACUUAUACCCGUCCUAGCAGGUCUCUAGGAUCUGAAUGUCUUCCACGUUCAACGUUCCACUUUCCUAUUCGCUUCUGUCAUCCGCGAUGCACAGUGGCACCCCAUAACCUCAUACGCAUAGUGCACCUUUGACAUAUCCAAUUUCUUCAGCGUCGUUCAGUAUCAUUUGCACAAAUAUGUAUAUAUACAUCCAGUUCGGGUUCCAAAUCCCAACCAACCACUCGCUUCCUUGAAUGUCAAUUCCAAGAUUUUGUAAGCGUUUGACACCAGGUCUUCAAGUCCUAAGACUAGGAACCAUAAUCCCAGGGUUCCACAAUUAAUACUCCAACGACUCUUCCAACAACUUCCUCAACUCCCCCUUCUCCGCUUCCAAUUCCUCACUCAAGUUCGGCGCAAGCAUCAAAACUCUCUUCUGUGGAAUCGUCCCCUCAACCAACCCAUCCACAUCCGCCGCCUUGAAGCCCAAAUCCUUCAAUCCACGCGGCUGAUCUCCCAACUUGACCAGGAAAUCCGAAAUGGCUUCGCCCAGCACCUCUCCCGCGCUCUCGCGCUUGACAUUCGAGAUAUCAACUCCGAAUGCCUCCGCGGCCGCCAGAUGUCGGUCCGGGUUCGAGGCCGCGGUGAAUCGGAAGACGGCGGGCGCGGUGACGGCGACCGACACGCCGUGUGGAAUAAUUGGGUAAUCGACCUCAUAGCCGGCGUGCUUGUAGCCUGGGUUCUGGCUGGAGAUGGGGUAGCUCAUGCCAUGGCACAGGUGGACGCCUGCGUUGCCGAAGCCGACGCCGGCCAGGGUGGCGGCGAGGAGCAUGUUUGACUGGGCUUCGUGGUCAUCUGGGUCGCGCACGGCGCGAGGGAGGUACUUGACAGUGCUACGCAGCGCUUCCAGGGAGAAAAUGUCGGAGAUGGGGUUUGCGCCUUGGUAGGCGGGUCGGUUGAUUGGGUUCGUGGGGCGAGGAGUGCGCUCAUUGUAAGGGAUUGCGGUCCAGGAUUCGAGAGAGUGGCAGAGCACGUCCAGGCCGGAAGACGCAUGUACGGCGGACGGCAUGGUUCGAGUGUUGAGCGGAUCACAGAUACCCAGAGUAGGCUUCAGAUUGCGGUGGGCAAUGCCCGUCUUGGCCUUUUUGGAGACGAGGUCGAAGAUGGCGGUUCCAGUGGUUUCUGAACCGGUACCUGCUGUCGUUGGGACGGCGACAAGGGGACGGAGGGGCUUUGCAAUGGGGAGACCCUUGCCCAAUGGGGCGUUGACGAAGUCCAGGAAAUCGGCCUCCGGGUAGACAGUGUAUAGAUUCAUCAAUUUGGCCGUGUCGAUAACGG